CAUAUGGUCCUUCUUCGUGGAGGUGACAUUCAGUGGGCUGCAGCCGGGAAAGGCAAGCGAAGUGAGGAAAAUAGAUACAAGCGAAAAGUCAUGGCACAGACGGUACAGAAAAUGGUGGCUAAGGUGCCACAAAUGAUAAGUGCUACAGUAACUUAUUCCAGACCAAGGCUAGCCACAUUUUGGCAUUAUGCUCGUGUUGAACUGGUACCUCCUUCACCAGCUGAGAUUCCCCAGGCCAUCGAAAGCGUCAAGGGGCUUGUCAAGAGCUUCCAGUCAGGCCGUCUUCGUCAGAUUACCGUUAGAGAUGCCAUGAGAAAUGGCCUGGUGGCAACAGAAGUGCUGAUGUGGUUUUACAUUGGAGAAAUCAUUGGGAAAGGAGGCAUCGUUGGAUACAAUGUUUAAACCUUGGACUUAUAUUGUGUUGGCUGUUGUCUUCUUUUUUGUCACUUUCACCCCUGUUCCAGAUAAUUUGGGGAUCCAAUAAAUACAUGGAUAUUGUUAAACAAUG